GGCUAGUAAAAUCUAUAUAAGACACAUAUUGUUCUCCAAUUCUAUGGAGACAGUUAAAAGCAAUCGACUAGAGAAAAUGAAACAUUUUUUAUUUGCUGUGGCCCUUCUCGCAGCAUCCGUUAAGGCCUCCGGCGAUAUCAACAUAUGUCAGGGAGCAGUCGAUAAUCUCUUUUUGCCGGUGCUAAACGACUGCAUGUCCUAUUAUGUGUGCAUGGAUGAAACACCUAUUAAGAGAGUUUGCAAAGCAGGUUAUCUAUUCGAUGCCAAAACACAAUCCUGCACAGAUCCCGAUAAAGCUCAAUGCAUAAAGAAUUGUACCUCUGCAUUGUCCUCGUUCUGUUAUGAUCGCACUUGCACCAAGUAUGUUUUGUGUUACUCCGGCACUCCCGUAGUGCGCGAGUGUUGUGAUGGUCUGCAAUACAAUGCUGAAACUGAUCGUUGUGAUUUUCCACAAUAUGUCGAUUGUGUGGAUGAUAUGUGUACGAUAUUCAAUGAUCCCAAGAACAUAACAUUCCUAAGUAGCAAAGCGGCCUGUGAUAGGUAUUAUGUCUGUAUGGAUGGCAUGGCUUUUAGCAGGAAUUGUACCAGUGGUUUGCAAUUUAAUCCGGAAUGUAAUUGUUGUGACUUUAAGUCGAAAGUUAAUUGCACGAUUUCAGCCUUGCAACGUAAUAUUUUACCUCUUUCGAAGGCUCCCCCAAAAGCGGCCGAUAUUAAAUGUCCCCAGGAAGGCGUGCAUUUUUAUCCCCAUGCCAACGAGGUUAAAUACUAUUUCUGUAUGAAGGGUCGUGGUGUUGUUAUGGACUGUACUCCCGGUUUGGUAUUUGAUCCCAAAAGGAAAGCAUGUCGUGAAAAGAAAAAUAUUUUAUAAAAUUAAUAAAUCACAGAGAAUUUUUAAUUGAGA